AUGCCCGCGCUGUGUCAGGAGCUCAUCGAACACAUUAUCGGGUACAUACCGGACGUUGCUGACGAAGGCUCCGUCGGGAAAGCGCUCAAAUCGACCUCGCUCAUCAGCAAGGCGACUCGUGUCUGCAGCCAACGUCUCCUUUUCCGCGAAGUCAAGAUUGAAACUCAGAAGCAGUGCAAUGGUCUCGCGGUUACUUUCCUCGCUUCUCCACACAUCGCCGAGGGUGUCCGUGUCCUUGACAUCGUGGCGAGGCUUUAUGCUGACUCCCUUGACACUGGCACGAGAAACGCGUUCACCACCAUCUUCCAAGCCUGUCGAAGGAUAAAAAAGCUCAGCCUCUCGCGCUUCCUCGACCAGCUUUUUGCCAGAGUCCUCCUACCCGGCAUCAUGGCCUCCCAGUUCCCAGUGCUAGAGAAAUUGAGUCUCUAUCGAUGCAUAAUCGACACGCAUGACGAUCUCGCUCUCGCGCUCUCCUGCAUGCCCGCGCUGCAACAGCUGCGAAUGACCACGGUUUUCUUGCAACCCCUCCCCGUGCUGGCCCUCGAGUCGUUCCCCAUCUACAACCGGUUUCAGUUCGAUACUUUCAUCUGCGGCUUGCAAGAGGUGAAGCUCCUUAACAUGACCAUCAAGGACUGGCACGACUACGAGUUUCUCUACCACAUGAUGUCCAAAAAAGGCGUGAAGAGCCUAGUUCUUUCUCUCAGUUGGUUCAGAAUGGACGGCCAAGAUGCUCCCCCAGAUGACAUCUUCGCCUCAUUCGGACAAGACAGCGCCGGGAGCGCCUUGACGUCGCUGACGCUGAAACAGGUGGGCACAGGCGAUCAGAUCCAACUGCACCGCGGAUCCUGGGCGAACCGGUUUCUGGACGCCGUCCCCGCUGAGCAGCUCAAGUCCAUUAUCAUCGCGCUUCACCGUCAUAUGAGUGGGGGGCUCUGGGAGGGCCUCGAUUGGGCGGCCGUGGACGACCUACUCAGCUCCCGAGACAGGUUCCCUGUUCUGGGUGAGAUCAUGAUCUGCUUCGACGACUUCACCGAGUCGCACAUCAAUGACGGAGACAGCACCGCCCUUCACGCCGCCGUGUGCGCGAGGCUGCCGAAGUCGAACGAGCGCGGAUUGGUGCGGGCCCCUUCCGUGCAGUCUUACGUGAAUGCCACACGAUUGGAUGUUGCAUGA